AUGUUAGUCACCGAUGAGCAGCUCCGGAAUAUCAGAGGACGUGCGGCCUCGUGGAUGGUUGCUUGUGAUGGCUCCCAUGAUAUGGCUCAUGUUGAGAGGGUCGUAGCCACUGUUAAGGAGAUCUAUAGCAAGGAGAAGGAGGAGAUGGCUGUAAAUGCCGAUCUCAAUCUGCUAUUGGCAAUAGCUUACCUGCAUGACACAUUUGAUAGGAAGUAUUGCCAGGAUACGGAGGCCAGGGCCCGGGAAAUUGUGGGGGAACUCACAACGGGACCCGAGGCUUUGUCUGAGCCGACUGCCAAAUUUAUCAUCGAUAAAAUCCAUAACGUAAGCAGCUACGCUGGGAUGUGA